UACGGCCGCUCCCACCCCGCGGGAUCCUGGGAGUACGCUUUUCCGGAAGGAGCGGCUCGGCGUUGGGGUUAGGCCGGUAUUCUAGGCCCAAGCCCAGUCCCAGGCCUGUGUUCCAGGUCCUCGCUCAAAGACAGGUCGGUGGCCGCUGCGACACUCUAGGUACAGCGGAGGGCGCAGCGGGCCGUUGCUGAGGUGCCUGGACCCGCCGCCGAGCGGGCCGUGGAGCCACAGUACGUGGCGGCGCUUCUUUGUUGCCCGAAGCGGAACUGCUGAAGGAGCGGCAGCGCAGGCCGGACGAGGUGAACCGGGUCAUUUAACCGCCUUCAGGUGAUGAAUCAUCUGUCUAAUAAUCAGAUUUGAGGUCCACAGCCCUUUGUGGUCCUGCUACAGGGCGAUUUUCAGUGGAUGACUGACUGGCGUGGCCUGAGGGGUGCCGCAGUGGCUGCCUUCCCUUGAUAAGGAAACGAGAUUUCUGUUCUUUGUGGACACCUCGUUGCCUGUAAAACAUUCCGGUUAUAACUUCUUUAUCCGGCUUGCAUCUCUGUGCAAGAGGAAAGCUUUCACAUGAAAGUGUCCCUUGGUAACGGCGAAAUGGGCGUCUCUGCCCAUUUGCAGCCUUGUAAGGCAGGAACCACACGCUUUUUUACCAGCAAUACACACAGUUCGGUGGUGCUGCAAGGCUUUGAUCAGCUUAGAAUAGAAGGAUUGCUUUGUGAUGUGACUCUGGUACCAGGUGAUGGAGAUGAAAUCUUCCCUGUUCACAGAGCCAUGAUGGCGUCUGCUAGUGAUUAUUUCAAAGCUAUGUUCACAGGUGGAAUGAAAGAACAAGAUCUGAUGUGCAUUAAGCUUCAUGGGGUGAACAAGGUUGGUCUGAAGAAAAUCAUUGAUUUUAUUUAUACUGCAAAACUUUCUCUUAAUAUGGACAAUCUUCAGGACACACUUGAAGCUGCUAGCUUUUUACAAAUACUACCCGUUUUGGAUUUCUGUAAAGUAUUUCUUAUAUCAGGAGUCUCUUUAGAUAACUGUGUUGAGGUUGGACGAAUUGCUAACACCUACAAUCUUAUAGAAGUGGAUAAAUAUGUUAAUAAUUUCAUCCUGAAGAACUUUCCUGCCUUAUUGAGUACUGGGGAGUUUCUAAAACUCCCUUUUGAACGGCUUGCCUUUGUGCUUUCCAGUAAUAGUCUUAAGCACUGUACCGAACUCGAACUCUUUAAGGCAGCCUGUCGCUGGCUAAGGUUGGAAGACCCUCGGAUGGAUUAUGCUGCGAAAUUAAUGAAGAAUAUUCGAUUUCCACUGAUGACACCACAGGAUCUCAUCAAUUACGUGCAGACAGUAGAUUUCAUGAGAACAGACAAUACCUGCGUGAAUUUGCUUUUGGAAGCCAGCAAUUACCAAAUGAUGCCAUAUAUGCAGCCAGUGAUGCAGUCAGAUAGAACUGCCAUUCGAUCUGACUCCACUCACUUGGUUACAUUAGGAGGAGUUCUGAGGCAGCAGCUGGUUGUCAGUAAAGAAUUACGGAUGUAUGAUGAAAGGGCACAAGAAUGGAGAUCUUUAGCCCCGAUGGAUGCUCCCCGUUACCAGCAUGGUAUUGCUGUCAUUGGAAACUUUCUUUAUGUAGUUGGUGGUCAAAGUAAUUAUGAUACAAAAGGAAAAACUGCUGUUGAUACAGUUUUCAGAUUUGAUCCUCGGUAUAAUAAAUGGAUGCAGGUUGCAUCAUUAAAUGAAAAGCGUACAUUCUUUCACUUGAGUGCCCUCAAAGGACAUUUGUAUGCAGUUGGUGGGCGCAGUGCAGCUGGUGAACUGGCCACAGUAGAAUGUUACAACCCAAGAAUGAAUGAGUGGAGCUAUGUUGCAAAAAUGAGUGAACCCCACUAUGGCCAUGCUGGAACAGUAUAUGGAGGCUUAAUGUAUAUUUCAGGAGGAAUUACCCAUGACACUUUCCAAAAUGAGCUUAUGUGUUUUGACCCAGAUACAGAUAAGUGGAUGCAAAAGGCUCCAAUGACUACAGUCAGAGGUCUGCAUUGCAUGUGUACGGUUGGAGAUAAGCUCUAUGUCAUUGGCGGCAAUCACUUCAGAGGAACAAGUGAUUAUGAUGAUGUUCUAAGCUGUGAAUACUAUUCACCAACCCUUGACCAGUGGACCCCAAUUGCCGCCAUGUUAAGAGGCCAAAGUGAUGUUGGAGUUGCCGUCUUUGAAAAUAAAAUCUACGUUGUUGGUGGAUAUUCUUGGAAUAAUCGUUGUAUGGUAGAAAUUGUCCAGAAAUAUGACCCAGAAAAAGAUGAGUGGCAUAAAGUUUUUGAUCUUCCCGAGUCACUUGGUGGCAUUCGAGCUUGUACACUCACAGUUUUUCCACCUGAAGAAAACCCUGGGUCACCUUCUAGAGAAUCACCUCUUUCAGCACCUUCAGAUCAUUCUUAGGUCUAAGGUGUAACACCUUUGCAGUACAUCAUGGGUGAUCUAACACUUCUCCUUCAGUUGUAUCUUCUUACAGUGAUUGGUACAGUUAUUAGAUAUAAAGUACAGGCCAGCUGCCAUGUUGUGAGCACAUACCACAUAGCUCGAUGGAGAGGCCCACGUGACUGUGAUGAAGAGCUGAGACUCCCUAUCAGUGGCCAUGUCUCCAGAAAUUCUAGCUACUGAUCAAGCCCAGUGAAGAAUUUCAGUUCUUUGUGCUGAAAACGUUGGAGAUUUGCUGGAUCAUCUGCUGGAUCAUCUCAUGAAGAACAUUGGUGGCCUGAGCCUUUUGGAAUUUGGUGCCAUUCAGCUGCUCCAGGAGAAAAUUAAAAACAUUCUUGUUCUUCAGACAGGAAGAAAAGAAAGAUUCUCCCAGUUUGGUGCAGAACUUUGAAGGUCACCUAUUUAUGGCAGCCCAUGGCUCUGGGCUAGGCCACAACUAAGGGUGCAGAGAGAACUGCAGAAUAUCAUCCUCAGUGUCACUAGGGAAGAGUUUGGCAGGGUCAUUGGUGGGAUGCAGCUGGCUAGGUCAUUUGAGUCUUUACCCGCCUGUCUCAGCACUUUCUUGUGAGAUUCUUACAUAACCAGAUUAGGAUUUUCAGUUUUUGUACUUAUCUCAACUUUAUUUCCACUUUGUUCACCUUCUCUUCUAUUUACGGGUCUCAGAUAAUGUCAUGACCUCAACACUUCUUUUGUAUUAUGACAAUGGAAAUUAAACACACUCAGAAAAUGGCAGAACUCUCAAUCUAAUAGGAUAUACCCAUCCAAAUGAGACUCAAUGUUGAAAUAAAAACCUAUCUGAGUCUCAAUCUGUGUCUCUUUUAAAAUUCUAAUAAUGGUGCUUAGAGGUUUCAUCUUGGACAUUUUUACUUCUUAAACUGCACUGAAAUACAUGUUUCCUCACUUCUCUGCAUUUCACUUUUAAUGAACUAAUACACUAGAUUUGAUUUCUUCCACCUUUCUUUACAAGAGCCACAGCUCAUAAUCUGUAGAUAACGGUGGCAUAAAACUUGAAAACCCAGGGUUAAGUCUUCCAGUUGUUUUUAUUCUGUCACUAAAAAUGUCUUUGCUGCAUAUAUGUGACAGACAAUAGGCUUGGCAAUUUGGAUUAAGAGAUAAGUAAAACAGGAUGAUAACUACCCUCCAUGGAUUCAAAAAUGGCAUUUAAGACAUGAUUGUGAUUAAUUAAACACUAGCAUGCUCAGUGCAGCCAAGAGGAAGAACUAAAAGCUAAUAAAGAGGGAAAUUGGGAGGCAGCAGAAACUGCCACUUUCUGACAAAAUCUGUGGCUCCUGGGAGCUUAAACAACAUCAGGUUUUCGUUUCCUCUUCUACAAAAUUGAGACAGUUUUAAUAGUUGUCACACAGGAAAUUGAAAAGAUUAAAUAAAGUUUGCAAAUUACUGGCUGAAAAUCUGAACAUGGUAAAUGAUAGUUACCUUUAAUUUCAAUGUAAUAAAUAGCAUAAUCCUGUGUAUAGUCCACAUUUCACCAAAUCCAGACAAGAGAAGCUUUGAUUGCAGCUCCCCUGACAUUCCUGAGCUCUAACACGUUGAUGUCCCUCAUAUGGAAACUCUAGGAAAGGGGACUGUAAAACUGAAGGAGUAGAGCCCAGGUUCCCAUUGUCAGAGUAGUGCCUUGCACAGAAGAAAAAUUGUACAGCCCCCGUGAAGCUUGUUCCAGGGAACCAGUGUCUCAGCAAGUUGUGACAGAAAACGGCUGCUCUGUGAAUAGUAUAAAUAAAUAAAAUAAUCCCUUUUCUCAGAUUCAGAUAGUUUCAAAUCACCAUUGAUGAUUAUUUUUAGGCACAAGUAAAAAAUAUUUUGUAAACCAUUUUCCCAGUCUUUACAACUCUUUAAUUC